CGCGGACGAUCGACGCCCCCGCCAAGGGGAGAAAGCUUAGAUUUCGACAUCCUCCCCCCUACGCACCCACUUUCGAGAGAGAAGAGUUGCGACGUUUGUUGUAUGGAUUCGGUGUUGGUUCGGAUGACCGGGAACGCGGAAUCUUGCCCGUGCUCACCACGUACCUCCGAUCGUCUCAUUUCGCUACCGACCUUCCCCAUCACAGAUGACGACAGCGUCUACUGCGAUGCGGACGUACGGCGCGCGCUGAGGCGAACGGAGCAAGUGUGUUCGCAAGACCCGCCUCGGGCUUGUAAGAUAAGGGGGAACGGGUUUGUGUUGAUUGAUCGCUUUGAUUCCCCGACUCUAAUAUUGCCUUAUACGGGYUUAACGGUGUUGCCCUGGGUUCCAAGUGGCCUUGUGGCCUUGGAGAAAAGCGAGUUCUUCUUGUCAAAGAUCUCAUUUUUGGGGUAUAUCGUCACGGUCGACGGACUAAAACCGGAUCUGAGGAAGGUGGCAGCAGUUCAAGACGCCCCGACGCGGGUCACACUCACCCAGGUUCGGGCUUUUCUAGGGCUGGCAUCCUAUUACCGACGCUUCAUCAAGGGGUUCGCCGGCAUAGCGAAGCCCCUCACGAACCUGCUGAAGAAAGAGGAACAGCUGAUCUGGACGCCGGAAUGCGAAGCGGCGUUUCGGGCGUUGAAGGAGGCUCUGACAUCUGCUCCUAUGUUGGCACGCCCCGACCCGACAAGACCGUUCGCACUGUACACAGACUGGCAGCCUCAGGCGAUAUCGGCGGUGCUGACUCAGCACGACAAGGACGGAAGGGAGCACGUCAUUGAGUAUGCGUCCAAGACGCUGAGCCAGGCGCAGGCUAAUUACGAAGCGUGCAAAGGGAGCAGGAUGAACCAUCACCAGCCGGAGCAUGAGCCCCUCGAGCACUUCCAGACGACGCUUGCAGAUCGCUUGUUGCGGCAUCGGUUUAAUGAGGAGAGGCAGUUGUGGUACGACAUCCAACACGUGAACGUGCCAGCGCCCGGGGUUGCUGAUUUGGCAGCGUACUCGUUGCUUUGCGAUCGGCUGACAUAUGCGGGAGUGUAUGUGGACGUGACGCAGUUGCUUGGCCGGGAGACGACCCGAGUAUUCAUUGAGUUCCGUGCGCUCCAGGUGGCACCCAACUUCGUGCACAGCGUCGUCAACUUCAUCGGAGACUUGACGGUCCUACCGCAGCAGAAUCAGGAACUGGCGCGCAGCUUUGUGCCCGAAUACGUGGCGGAAGCGGCCAGAUCAGUGGCCAGAGUGCAAGGACGGGGGGGACACCGAUUCACAGCCCACGAAGUGCUGCUGCGUAGGGCAGAGGACAGACCGAUUGCGUUGGUGCCGCAGCUCCCCGCGCUUCUCCCUCCCGCUGUUCCUCUCAACCUCCAAGCUAUUCCCCCUCUAACUGACGUGGAGCCGCUGCCCUUCACCGACGAAGACGCGUGGGAGUUGCACCGUGCGCUGUACAAUUCGGUGGCGUUGGGGAUGUUCCGGUUCUUUGUGGAUCACGAAGACCACGCUAUCGGGGAGCACUUCGUCGUUUACUACGUCAUCGCGAGGCCCAAGCCAGCGGAGAAGGAAGGGACGGUGGCGCUGUACCCCUUCGCCCCGCUCCAGACAAUCAAUCCGGGAUUGUUGGAGCUCAUACCUCUUGAGCUCCUCUUCAUUGCACAAGUGAUAGCGAGCGAGGAGGAGGAGAUCCAACCACGAUUGCGGACGGCGACGGCCCCGUGGAGAACGUACAACGCGGUGAUUAUCCCGGAUUACAUUGCGCAGUGCGCGGAGAGAUUGGAGGACUUCCCGAAGGAAAGGCCGUUGCGUCCUCCCUCGUCGUAUCCUCGACCAGCGCCGCCGAAGGCCCCCAAGAAGACGGCGAAGAGGAAGAGACGUCACCCGUCGCCAGGAGCGCAAGGCAGCAGGAUCGGCGGCGGCGAGGAGGUGGUUCAGCCGUCGCGUACGCUGAUUCCUGACCCUGUGCCUUGGAGGGCGGCGACCCUCGUUAAGGAGACUAUUGUGCCAUCGCUGCCCAUUCCGCGUGUGCCCAAUCUCAAUCUUGAUGGAGCCGGGCCAUCAGCAACAGCAGCAGCCGGAGGAGGAAGCUGAAUGGGAUUUCCGGAUCCCAUAUCCAGACCCCCCGUCCUCGCGGGACCUCUCCGUUCCCGCCAGCCACCCCGGGGUGCCCCGGUCAUUCACAUUAGUAGUUCAUCCGAGCCGGACGGUCCAUCCGACCGAG